GCUGCGGGUAGCAAUGAUGCUACUCACGCAUGCACCAUACAGCUAGUAGCGCAUUGUCGAUCACCUCAAGUCAAGACCAGCUUGUCCCUCCCUUCGUUCAUCCAUUCUGCUGCUUGCUGCAGGAAACCGAGUUCCCCUCCAACUCUCUCUUGCUCCACGCAAGAGAGAGUACCCCUCUCACAACUACCAGAGCGUAUCAAUCUCCCCUGAGGUAGUCCUGUUUGCAGCCACUUUCCCACCAGAGCCCGUCAUGUGUAGUUCUGAUGACGAGGACGAUGGGGGGGAGGACGACCAUAGCGCUGAGCGUUUUGUUAGGGUCGCUCCCCUCAGAGGCCUCGAUUUCCUUCGUCGUGCACAUGCCGCUCCUGUGUACUCGAACCCCCUUCCAUCUCUCAGCAGUGAAGAGUGGGAGCGCAAUCAGGACGAUGUGACUGAGCUGGUUGACUCGCCAUCCAAGGCCCCGCCUGCCACUCGUCCCGCCACGACAACCCCAGCUGCCACUCGUCCCGCCACAUCAACCCCAGCUGCCACUCGUCCCGCCACAUCAACCCCUGCUGCUACUCCUCCCGCCACGACUACAUCGGUCGCCGUGACGUCGAAAAAGAGGCACCGCUAUGAGCAAUCACACCUGCCAUUUGCACCGCCUCCUCCUAAGCCCCCCACUCCGCCACCGCCGGAGCGUGUCACUGCACCGUCAGCGAAACCGACAGUUGCGGAGAAGACGGCGAGGGCAUACGAAAAGGCGCAACAUAAGUACACCAAUGAUUGGCUCCCGAAAUUCCCAUGGCUGGUCCUUGAUAAAAAUGACGACGGAAUCCCGUGCUUGCGUUGCAGUGUUUGCAUGGAGCAUGGUGCAGUGCAUGCAAGAUACGGGCGUGAGGGCAGUGGCGGUCGGGAUCUGCAAGUCGGCUCGAUGCGCUGGCACCAGGAGAGUCAGAAGCAUGAAGACGCGGUGAGGAAGCAACAACACCUGCUGACAGAAGUGGAGAACCAGAAGAGGAUGGAAGACUUUGUUGCGAAUGACCCAGAGGGAGCGCGCAUCAUUCGGCUACUCCGCGCCAUGUUAUUCAUCUGCAAGGAAGAUGCGCCCAUCAGCAUGUUCACCCGCCUCGUGGGCUUCAUGGCGCAUGAAGGGGUGAAGGACGUUCCUAAGCAGAGCUACGGUGUCUACAUAACACAGUACGGCUUCAAGGAGAUGGUGAAAGCCAUGGUGGCUUUCUUGCAGGCGCAACAGAUGUCGCAUAUUCACGCAUCUCCAUUCAUCGGCCUCAGUUGUGACGAAAGCACCGACAGAACGCGGGGGAAGCACUUGAUCCUGUUUGCAACAUUUCUGAAGAAGCGGAAAGUGGUCACCGAGUUCCUAGCUUUGCUGACCGUGGACAAGUGCGACGCGGCUUCUCUGCAGGCGAUCAUCCUCUCCCACCUCGAGACCCUCGGCGUCGAUCUCCAGAAGAUCUCUGGCAUCAGUACGGAUGGGGCUUCUGUGAUGACAGGCGAGCAUCAUGGCUUGGUGGCUCGCUUACGAAUGCGCAUCCCGCACCUCGUGGGCGUCCAUUGCAUCGCCCAUAGAGAGUCCCUGGCUGUCAAGGAUGCUGCCGCGGCCUUCCCGGACUUCAAGAUCAUCGAUGCCGUCAUCCGCGCAUUGGGGGAGAUUGUUGGCCGUUCCACCCCAUGGUAUGAGCGCUUCAAGCACCUGCAGAUGGUCAUCCACAACACCAACCUGGAGCAUCAAGGACUCUACCUUAUCCGGUGGCUCUCACGUGGCGAUGCAAUCAAGAGGCUCUGCAGCAUUCUCGGAGCGGCGAUCGUUGUCCUCAUCGAGUACAACCACAAGCUGGCACCGGUUGUGAAGACGCUGAAAUUUCACUACUGCCUGUACUUCCUCGCUGACGUCCUCGCCGAGAUGAACACCCUCAACAGGUUCUUUCAGAGGCGCUCUGUAAGUGGUGGUUUUAACGGGACGUACUUUUGUUUGGCGUAUCUCGUUGCACUGUUGCACAGUCUUGCUAUGUGUUUAACUUGGUAGUCAUGUGCGUGAGUUUAAUUCCUUGCAUUUUGUACCUCCGCCUGCCCUAUGCCCCUUCCGUCAGGUGGACAUCACCCUGGUGUCCCAGGAGGUUGACCGCACGGUCACCUACA